UAGACCACGUCAUGAAACCUAUGAUGGAGAUUGUGAACUACAUCCGCACGCAUGCCCUUACUCACCGACAGUUCAAAAAUCUCAUUGCUGACCUAGACGGAGACUUGCCAGGUGACUUGCCACUGCACUGCGCUGUAAGAUGGCUCUCAAGAGGUAAAGUGGUUUCACGCUUUUUGGAGCUUUUGGAACCAGUAAAAUUGUUUAUGGCAGAAAAGAACAAAAGUUACCCUCAGCUCUCAGACCCCAAAUGGCUUAUGGAUUUGGCUUUCUUAGUGGACAUGCUUUCACACUUGGACAAACUAAACCUGGACCUGCAGGGGAAAUUAAAAACUCUUCCUGAUCUGACACAAAGUGUAUUCUCCUUUGUUAACAAGGUGAAGCUGUUCAAAGUGCACAUUCAAAAUGGCAAUCUGUCCCAUUUUCCUUCAUUGCGCAGCGCCCAGCAGAAGGCUGGCAUUAGAAUGAAUAUGGGUCAGUACGUGAAAAUGCUUGCGCAACUGUACGGGAGCAUUACUUCGCGUUUUGAGGACCUGCAGCAGAAAAGACCACAGAUCGCUCUUCUCAUCGACCCUUUUAAUGCAGAGGCAGACUGCCUCAAAUCCCCGCUUGUCACUGAUGAGGCAGCGAGUGAACUGGAGAUGAUUGAGCUACGCGAGGAUGACAGACUGAAAUCUCUUUUGAAAGAAGGCCCUGUUGCGUUUUGGAGAGUUGUGCCAACUGAAAAAUACCCGUGUGUAAAAAGAGCCGCCCUCAAACUGCUGUCGAUGUUCUCCUCAACAUAUGUCUGCGAAUCCCUGUUUUCUACCUUGAAACACGUGAAGUCCAAGCAUCGGUCCGUUCUGACUGACACUCACGUAAAGGAACUGCUCCGAGUGGCUACAACUGAAUACCAACCUGAUUUGCAGAGGAUUACUAGAAACAAGAGAUGCCAGAAAUCCCACUGAGAUUAUCACCCCAUCACCUCCAGCAAGGUCAGCGCGUGGUGUGGCUCUUGGACUUUCACAGUUAAAGAUUUCGGCUCUUUGUGUCUAACUUGUUCGCCACCCCU